AGGGGGAGAGAGAGAGAAAGAGAAAUGGCGCCUCGGCACUUCGCUAGCUGAGACACACAGUCGGAGCGAAAGCUAAACUGACAAGAGCUUCAGGACAGGACCCGUUUAUCAGCGGGGACAGACAGCGACCAUGGUGAACACCAGAAAGAGCUCGGAGCACAAGCCCAGCAGUCCCUUCAUCUCGGGCCGGACGAGGUCGUCUCAGAGGAACAACCCAAACUUGGACGAGCACAACAGCCGUGUAAGGAAGAGAGAGACACCGGCAGCCUAUUCUCUUCGCCAGCCGAAAGAGCCCAGCAGUGAUGCUAACAGCAGUAGCCCGCGUUUGUCCCCACCACCCAAGCGGACACGCAGACAGACGCCACCAAGUUCUACUGAUACUUCUCCAAGUCCCCAGAGUAAAGGCCAGAGAGGCUCAUGGACCAUGUCCAAACACUGUACUAGGUUGUCCACUGGUGCCUUGCAGAAUGGACACACCAUAGGUCGAAUGAGUCUGAGGGGUGAUUCUACAUCAGGCGGGGACCACGGUCGCAUGAAUGGUCAUGUUGAACUCAAGAGAAGCCGCCGUGUCAGGAAAUCCCAGUUUGAACACCUCAAUCAGAGUUUACUUUUCGACCAACUAGUCAACAGUACGGCAGAAGCAGUUCUGCAAGAGAUGGACAACAUCAGCAGCAUUCGGCAGAGUCGGGAAGUGGAGCGCCUCCGCAUGUGGACGGACACUGAACUGGAAAACAUGGAUAUGUACUCCCGCGUAAAAAGGAGGAAGUCUCUGCGGAGGAACACGUAUGGAAUGCAGUCGCAUCACAAAGUCAUGAGCAAAUCAAAAGACCCUGAAGAGGAAGAAGGAACUGAAGAGUCUCAUGAGGAGGGAGAGGAGGAUGAAGAUGUAGAGGCUGAUGAUGAUGAUGAUGAAGACGAUGAAGGAGACGAGGCAGAAGAGGCCGGAGAGGAGAACGACAGACCGUAUAACCUCAGGCAGCGUAAAACUGUGCAGCGUUACGAAGCUCCCCCUAUAGAGCCAGUGAACAGGAAGCAAAGUAAGGGAUCUCUAUUCGACACGCACCGAUCUCCUGCAAGAAGAAGCCAUAUUAGAGUAAAGAAGCACGCCAUUCACAGUAGUGAAUCGACAUCAUCAUCUGAUGAAGAACGUUUCGAGAGGCGGAAAAGCAAAAGCAUGAGUCGAGCUCGUAACAGGUGUUUACCCAUGAACCUGCGGGCAGAGGAUCUGGCCAGUGGCGUGCUUCGAGACAGAGUAAAAGUGGGUGCCAGUUUGGCCGACGUGGAUCCCAUGAAUCUGGACACUUCUGUGAAGUUUGACAGCGUUGGAGGUCUCACCCAUCACAUCCAGUCUUUGAAAGAGAUGGUCGUCUUUCCUCUACUUUAUCCACAAGUGUUUGAGAAGUUUAAGAUUCAGCCCCCAAGAGGGUGUCUGUUCUAUGGGCCUCCGGGAACUGGGAAGACGCUGGUGGCGAGGGCUUUAGCUAAUGAAUGCAGUCAGGGGGACAGGAAGGUUUCUUUCUUCAUGCGGAAAGGCGCCGACUGCCUCAGCAAGUGGGUGGGAGAGUCUGAACGACAGCUCCGCCUGCUUUUUGACCAGGCAUACCUCAUGAGACCCUCCAUCAUCUUUUUUGAUGAGAUUGAUGGCCUCGCUCCUGUUCGCUCCAGCAGGCAGGAUCAAAUUCACAGCUCCAUAGUGUCCACAUUGCUGGCGCUGAUGGAUGGUUUGGACAGCCGGGGGGAGAUAGUGGUCAUCGGUGCUACAAACAGACUCGACUCUAUCGACCCUGCACUCAGGAGGCCCGGACGCUUCGACCGGGAGUUUCUGUUCAACCUGCCAGAUAAAAAGGCUCGAAAGCACAUUCUAGAAAUCCACACCAGGGAAUGGAGCCCCAAACUAGCCGAACCCUUCAUAGAUGAGCUAGCUGAGAAAUGUGUUGGUUACUGUGGUGCCGACAUUAAAGCACUUUGCACAGAGGCUGCGCUGGCGGCUCUGCGGCGGCGUUAUCCUCAGAUCUACGGCAGCAGUCAGCGUUAUCAGCUGGACGUGGCCUCCAUUGUUUUAGGGCCGCAGGACUUUGGUCGUGCCCUGCGCUCCAUAGUACCUGCCGGACAGAGAGCCCUCGCUCCACCUGGCCAGGCCCUUUCCUGUGUCCUAAAGCCUCUUCUGGAGCCCACGCUGAAUCAAACACUGGCCUGCCUGACGCGAGUCUUCCCCCACGCAGAGCUCCUGCACAGGGAACACACACACGACACUGACAAUCAUCUGUUGGUGGAGGACUCGUACAGCGAGGAUGAGGAAUGUCUUGGUGGUGCUUCCAUUUAUGAAACGCAGUCAGGAUCGCCGAAGAAAGCAGCUUCCUGCACGACCCAUAAACCCUUUCUUCAUUUUACCACUUCUGCCUACCAGCAGCCCACCUCUUACCGGCCGCGGCUGCUGCUGACGGGACCCCAGGGUGCAGGGCAGAGCACACACCUGGCCCCCGCUCUGCUGCACCACCUGGAGAAGUUCACUGUGCAUCGCCUCGACCUUCCCACGCUUUACUCUGUCAGUGCCAAAUCCCCAGAGGAGUCCUGCGCUCAGGUGUUUCGUGAGGCUCGGCGGUGUGUGCCCAGCAUCAUCUACAUGCCUCACAUCAGUGCCUGGUGGGAAGCCAUCAGCGAGACGGUGAAGAGCAGCUUCCUCACGCUGCUGCAGGAUGUGCCAUCGUUCACGCCGCUCCUCAUCCUCGCCACAGCAGAGAGCGUCUACCAGCAGCUCCCUGAUGAGCUAAAAUGCAUCUUCAGCCGUUCGUACGGGGAGGUGGUUUGUUUAAGCAUGCCAGGAGAAGAAGCACGGAGGAAAUUCUUUUCAGACCUCAUUUUGGUGCAGGCAGCCAAAGCGCCACCCCGCAGGAGAAAAUCAGCAUGUGCUCUGGAGGUGCUGACCCUUUCUGAAGACCCCGGGCCUCGACAGCUCUCUGCAGAGGAGCAGAGGCGACUGGAGGAGCAGGAGGAAAACACUUUGCGAGAGCUCCGACUCUUUCUCAGGGACGUCACCAAGCGGCUUGCCACCGACAAGCGCUUCCAGAUCUUCAGCAAGCCUGUGGACAUUGAAGAGGUGUCGGACUACCUCGAGGUUAUCACACAGCCUAUGGACUUGUCCGCCAUCAUGAUGAAGAUCGACAAACAUAAGUACAUGGUCGCCAAGGACUUUCUAGCAGACAUUGAUCUCAUUUGCAGCAACGCGUUAGAAUACAAUCCAGACAAAGACCCAGGAGAUAAAAUCAUCCGCCACAGGGCCUGCAGUUUGAAGGACACUGCGCACGCCAUGAUCGCCUCUGAACUGGACCCCGAGUUUGACCGCAUGUGCGAGGAGAUCAAGGAGUCCCACAGGAAGAGAGCCCCUCAGACAGCACCGCAGCCGCCCGACACUCCAAGCACUGUGGCAACCAGGAAGCCGGUGGGAGAGGAGGCGGGAUUAAGCAGCUCUCAGGGUGAUGGAGUGGACAAGCACUGCAGCAAUAACAUAAAGCGCAAAUUCCGGCGGCGACCGAUUUGGGGACGAGGCAUCAUUCGGAAGAAAAAGAGCUAUAAAAAGGAGGAAGCGGAGGAAGACGAUGAACCCGAGGAGGAAGAGGGAGCUGAGGAUUCAACAGUGAUGGCGCAAGGCGACGCUUGUCUCACCCUGGACGAGUCCUCCUGCGACACCAUGGAGCUCCAUCCUGAAAAACAGCCGCUCCAGGCCAAUGGACACGUGCUCUCCACGGAGGAGGAGAACUCCAGCGAGCCCACAGCCGCUCGGGACGCUCAGGGUCAGGUGGAGGCCCCGUCAGAGGAACCCACAGUGACCCCGACGGUCCCCGCUCCUCAGGAGUGUGUGAAUGGGAAUGAAUCUAUGGACAGUGUGUACAGCGAGGCUCUUGAUAAAGACACUAUUAAAAGGGAUGCACUUGAACAGAAACCAACAGAGCAUAAAGAAGCUUCUGGCACAGAAUGCAGUACUGGGGAGAAUACGAGGACAGCGGAGGCAGUGACAUCUGAUGGCGACCAUGAAAAAGAAGGUUCAUCAAAAGGGAAGGAAUGUGGGAAAGGUCUGUCAGAAGUGCAGACGGAGGAGCCAGCUAUCAGACACCAGGAGGCUGUGCAACUUCCACCACCUCCUGAUCUUGUGGUUGACCAUCAGCGGCUCAAGGCUCUGCUGGAGCAGGCGGUGGUGAAGAGCGAGGGCUUCAGUGUGGAUCAUCUGGAGAGAGUCUACUCUGCUCUCAGCCAGUGUAUUUACCAGCACCGCCGAGACUACGACAAGACCAGACUCAUAGAGGCCAUGGAGAGGCAAGUUGAGCAUUUCGAAACAUUCCUGUGAUGAAACGAGGGCUUUCAGAGAGGAGAGAAACGCGAGAUCGAGACUCUUUUGAUAGCAGAGGGGAACAGCAGCGUCCUGAGCCAAAUCCUCCACACCGAGCCGGUCUGGACGCCUCAAGAAAAACACACACUCACACACAGAAGAAGAAAAAAAAAGAGGUGCAGACAAUAGAAACAAAGGCGACUUGGUGCUAUCAUCUCAGGUACCUGAAACAGAACCAGUCUACAGAACCAAACACAACAAAAACUCCUGGAAGUUUCCUUUUCGUUCCUUUCGUCGUUGUUUUCUUUGAUUUGUUUAUUUUUUUUGGUAAACUCACACACAUGCCAAUUGCCGGUGAUCAUUCUUGGUGCUAUUGGGUGCUAUUGUUCUUUUUAUUUUCCGUCUGCUGCUCCUUGUUCUUCUCAAACAAAACACAAACCGUACAAAAUAAAAGAUUGUGUGAUGUCACAAAGCAACCUCAGCCUCCGUCUACUGGACGCAAACCAACACACACACAGAUAUUUUCACCAGCAGUGGAAAAAAAAUCAAAGCACCUGGUCAUUUUCUGUGGGAAAAAAAACACACAUCGCCCUCUUUGUAUAGCUGUGUAGUGUCACCAUUGAGAUUAUCAACACCUUUUUAGAUACUUCUGCUGGAAAACAAACAAACACACGUUUUGUAGGGACGUCUAUAGCGUUGUUUUCUACUGGGUGUUAAUUGUACGAUUCGCAAGAAGACCUCUGUAUUGUAAAAACCCAACCUUUCCUUGUGUUCUCUGGCCAAGAUGUUUGUAGAAUUGAAUGAAAAAAGGACCGAUUUUAGUUACAAAUAGGUCUUUAGGAGAGAAAUGGUAUUAUUUUUUAGAGCCAUCACAUAUUCCCCCCUUUGGAACAGUUCAUUUUUUGGCAUUUUAACUGGAUUUAUGGCUGGAUAUCUGGAGAUUGCACUGCCUGGCGUGUGCCUUAACUUUUAAAAUAGGCUGAGGAAUAUAAAAAAACAUAGAUAAUGAAUAUUGACUAUCAUUGUUUGUGGACAAACGCUUUUUAGAGAAUUGGAAAAAGUUGUCUUUUCGAUUAAAACGGUGUGGCGUGUUGUUGUAAAUGUUUGCCAAUCUCUUCUCAACUCACCAAACAACAUCGGCAUGGUUUGUCUGGUCACUCCAUCAUACGUGGCUUUCAUUUGCCAGUCAUUUUUUAUUAUAACAUGACCAAUUUGGAGUGUAAAAUGCUAGCAGAUUGGUGGUGAAAGUGGCAGUCUAGGCAGUGCUGAAUUUUUGAAACCUAAAGCAUUACUAUAUUUUUGUUGUUGUAUAUGUUUUAUACUGUUUAAUUGACCCUUUAUGGUGUUUUCUCUAAUCUUUAGCUGUUAAUAAGAUUUUUCUCCGUCGCGUUCUGUAAGUAGCAUUAAAAGGCAGUGCACCCAAGAAUGAACAUUUGCUAUUAAAGUUCACUCAAAAAUGACAAUUUUGCCAUCUUUUACUCACCUUUCACUUAUUUUAAAUCCAUUUUUCCCCAAACAAAAAUGUUGGAAACUUGUAACAGUAGACAUACUUAAUUUUGAUGGUCCCUGUUGCACAUAUUGUUGACUAAAAGUUGCAACUACAUGCCAACUACUUCUGAUUUGAGUAUUAGUAGACUGUCUGCUUAAUAUCUGCUGAUACUGCUCCUUCAACAGACAUUUAAAUAUCUAUAAGAAAGUUUACAAGUACAUGUCAACUUACGCAUGUCAACCCUAACCCCAAACUAACAGUCUACUUAUAAUCUAUUAAGAAUUAGUUGGCAUGUAGAUGCAAUGUAACUUAAAUUCAACAAAAUGCGUUAAAGGGACCUUUAAAAUAAAGUGAUUCCAUUUGUUUUUUCAAUAUUAAUGUCAAUAGUUACUCAUUUCCAACAUUUUUCAAAGUAUCUUCUUUUGUGUUCUUCUUUUGAAGGGUUUGGAGCAAGUCUAGGGUGAGUAAAUGAUGGCAGAAUUGUCAUAUUUGGGUGAAAUAUACCUUUAAUUUGCAGGACAUUUAACAUGUAGAUGUUUUUUUCUUCACUUGAACUUUAAAGAAGAUUUUUAGCUAGUUAGCUACUUUGAGAGUACAAAUAAUAAUAAAAGCAAAGCUAAAUUAAUAUUGUGUGUCCUGAAGAGGUCUAAUAUAGCAAAACGGUUGCUCUGUGCAAGAAACUGAACCUUAUUACCUUUAAUCUUGGCAAAGGAUCCUGAAUAUGUCUACAAUAGUAGGAACUGGAACUGAUCAUUGGUUCCAUAAGAGCUCAAUGUCUUUAAUUUUGAGAUUGAGAUUAAUUUUGCUUCGCCUGUAUUAUUUUUGUACUCUCAAAGAGCAACUUUAGUAACACAAGUAUUUUUUUUCUGACACUCAAGAGUCCUUGUAGUCUUUGACUUGCAUUUUAUGAAUCGCCAUUUUAUGAAGAACCACAGUUUCAGCUUAAAAAUCGUAUUCAAUGUUCAACCGAAGACCAUAAAAGGAAUCUUUUACGGUCUUUAAAUGAAUAAAUCAAAUGCAAAUCUUCACAUUUGGGUGAACUGUCCCUUUAAAUCUGCUCUCCCUUUCCAAACUUUCGUUAACUCUCUGCUUUCAUCGCUUUAAAAAGAAAGAUGAUCCAAGUUCAAGAGUCCUCGUGACCUUGUCUAGGAUUCGGUGCUAUAAAGAAAAAGAAAAAAAAAAAAGGAAACACUUUAAGACAUAUGCAAAAGAAAGGAAAAGACUAUGAGUUAGCUUUGGACUACUGCAGUGCGAGUGAGAGACAGAACCACAGCUACCUCAGCAAGUUGUUUUCAUGCGAAGAGACGAAAGUAAUGACCUGUUUACUUCUAAACAGUAUUUGUUGACCUCUAUAAAGAAAUCUCUGCGCCCUUCAGAAAUUCAAGCUAAGGUACUGGAUCACCUCAUGUGGCUGCUGCAGUAAUCCUCGGGGUUUGUUCGGAUGCGUUUCUUCACUUUUUUUUUUUAUUCUUCGGGGUUGUUCUGCUUAUGAGCCGAGAAAAGAAAUGGCAUUUUAAUACAGGUGAAAUGUUAUAUACUGUAUAUUUCCGGGUUUUUUUUUUUUUUUGUUUCUACAUGUGCAUCCCAUCAAUUUCCUAUAUUAGUGGCCAUGUUUGUUUCGUAUCUUUCAGUCCAUUUCAUUAGCGCUUUUUUAUUAUUAUUCUCAAAUGCCGCCUUUGUGCUAUUGCAUGUCCAUUCGUUAUUUAUUAAAUUAUUCGUCAUAUGUUCAACAUUUUGUUCAAAUAAAACCAAUUGGAAAUUUUGUUACAUUAAAUUUGUGCCGAGACUCGCGAUGUAGCACGUUUUUUUGUAGCAGGUGUUGCACGACGUUCAGAAACGGGGUUUUUACUGGUCUCAGGUCUCUGCUACAUUAAUAUUUAUUCCAUGAGGGUGGAGAUGAUGGUGGCUAUGCUUCUUUUUCACUUAUUACCAUAGAGGAGGAUGAUGGGGGGAGUUUUUAUGCGCAUUUUCGGGUCCCCCUGUAGUAUCGUCAACAUGCUAAUCUGGUGUAGCGUUGAAGAAACUACUGUAAUGCUGACCAUAUUGGAGAGUAAUGAAAAUAGAGCUUUAGAUAAUGCCAAAUCACAAGACAAAUACCUUGCUAAAGCUAUUUACUAGCGUAAUGCAAUUGGCCUUUAAUCAAACCUCGGUCGGCACGUAUAACGCAAAUGGAGUUUUCAUUUCAGAAGCACCACUAAUAUAUUUUUUAGAAAAUUAACUCUUAAAAUCCUGCAUUUAAAAAUGUUACAAUGUGGAAGUCUAUGUGUUUGACUACAGUUCUUUACCUUUAGUUGACCAGAGUCUAAUUCAGAUGGUUUUUACUGAGUGUAGGAAGUCCAUAGAACAAUAGCAUUUUGCUUUAGGUAGGCGUUAAAGACCCACUAAACCUGUUUUUUUUGUUGUAUUAUGGUCAGGAGAUUCUUAAGUCGAUGCUGUAUGAUGGAGGAAAGGUAUUUGGUUGUUUUUUUUAGUUAAUUUGUAGAUCUAUACCCCUUUAUGAUUGACGAUGGUUGAGGGAUUUUGUUUUUGAGUGUUACCAGAAUUUGUGCCCCUUUUAUUUUUACUACUAUGAAGCAAAUCAAAUCCACACACAUUGUUCUGUCCUUCCUUGCAGUCCUUCUUUUUGUGAAAUGAUAUAUUUACUGUAAUAAACUGCUGUGAUAUACUUGAAUAAAAGGUGCAAAUUGAA